CUUCGCCCCCGGCGUCGUCUGUCUCCUCUCUAUCACCCUCCACGAAUAAAAACGCUAUUCGCACGAACUAUACAAGCACUCUUUACACCCAGCUACCAUGGCCGACCAACUGUCUGAGGAACAGAUUUCUGAGUUCAAGGAGGCCUUCUCGCUCUUCGACAAAGAUGGUGACGGCACGAUCACGACGAAGGAGCUGGGCACGGUGAUGCGCUCGCUCGGGCAGAACCCAACGGAGGCGGAGCUGCAGGACAUGAUCAACGAGGUCGACGCGGACGGCAACGGCACGAUCGACUUCCCAGAGUUCCUCACGAUGAUGGCGCGCAAGAUGCGCGACACGGACAGCGAGGAGGAGAUCAAGGAGGCCUUCAAGGUCUUCGACAAGGACGGCAACGGAUACAUCUCCGCCGCGGAGCUCAGGCAUGUCAUGACCAACCUCGGCGAGAAGUUGUCGGACAACGAGGUCGACGAGAUGAUCCGCGAGGCGGAUGUCGAUGGUGACGGUCAAAUCAACUAUGAUGGUGCGUGCAGAUGAUGCUCUCCAAGUAAAGUCAUGUACAACUAGUGUUCCCGUUAUCUAUUUGCAAGCUUCGCGGUAUGGUAUACGUAGUACAUUCACAAUGCAACAACAAAUCCCCAUAUACCUCUACUACCACACCGUUCGUGCUAAUAAUAGUCGUAAGUCCAGAUCUCUGGGUCGAACUGCCACGCAACCCUUGGGCCUUGGUGCAGCCUUGUUACCCGGAUUCAAGCUCAAGUCGGAUUUCACUGCGCCGACAUUGCAAAGCUUUCGAUCCGCUAAGGCCCAGGGGGGACCCCGGGGGAGGGAAAUGAUACCGAUUAGAUAGCCAAUAGAUAACUCGAAAUGCCGCCAGCGAUGGCGGUGAGACCUU